AAUCCAUUUGGGGAUGACUGGAGUGUGCAAUUAGGUAUCGAAAUCCAUUUGGCGUUGCUGAAUAGUUAAGCUCUUUUUUGUCCGAUUCCUCUCAAUUUCUCCGAUUAUUUUUAGUUUCAUCUUCUUUGCGAAUCUGCAAUUCAGGAGUGCACUUUGCCAACUGUUUUUUAUGGCGAUUUUUCUCGAUUUUGCGGUGUUGUAAAAUACUGAAAUGCGUAUACUUCAUUUGUAGAUAUGGUUGAGGUGAGAAUAAAGAGGGUUUUGGAAAAUAAUCUGAUGCCAUUUUCGAUGUUUUACGGUGAAAUUUUAGGCUGUUGGAGUUGCAUUCAUUCCAUGUUUCUAGGUUGCAGUGAUAAAGACUAAUGUCGAAGCUGAUGCACGCUUUACUUUUCAAAUCUCGUCUCUUCCAAAAUCACGGUGUUAGCUUCUGUAAUCCACUUGUUCGUUACGUUGCUUCUUCCUCAACUCCACACCUAAGUGCAAAAAACUCUGUUCUGUUGGACUACCUCGUUGGCUCCUUGAAAUUCUCCACGGAUAAAGCCCUUUCCGUGUCCAGCAGCUAUUCGCGCACCAAAUCUCUUGAAAGGCCUCAAGAAGUCAUUUCUUUCUUCAAAGGCCUUGGCCUUUCUGAUGCUCGUGUCCAGUCGAUAGCCCGUGCUGUCCCCAGUAUUCUUUUCGCUGAUGUCGAGAAGACUCUGAAACCAAAAGUCACGCUCUUUCAAGAACUUGGCCUGUCUACUCUCAUUUCCAGGAACCCCUUUGCGUUGACGUUCAGCCUGGAGAGAACACUGAGGCCUUCGAUUAGCCUCAUCAAGAAGGUGCUUGUCAGUGAUGGGAGGUAUAGAAGUGAAGAGCAAGUUAACGGUGAUUUGCUGCGUGUGCUGACUAGGUGCAGUACGAUUUUCUACAUGACUAGUCGAUUGGAGGCCAAUAUUGUUUAUUUGGAGAGCUGUGGGAUUGUUGGAUCGCAGCUGUCGAGCCUGUUGCUGAGUCGCACUAGGCUCUUUACUAUGCCUGUGGAGAAACUCAAAGAGCUUGUUUCAAGAGCAGUUGGGAUGAAUCUUGAUACGGGUUCAAGAAUGUUGGCUCAUGCUAUUGGCGUUCUUGGCUGUUCAAGCGCGAAGACGUUGAAUGGUAAGUAUGAAGUGUUGAGGCUGUUUGAGUUUUCCAAGGAUGAGAUUGAUUCGAUGUUUGUGAAGUGGCCGUAUAUGUUUGGGCUCUCAGAAACAAAUUUAAGGUGCAAAAUCGAGUUCUUCCUGAACGAUAUCAAGAUUGAGAAAGCGUUGCUUGUUCAGCAGCCCAAUCUGUUGUCGUUCAGCAUAAAAGAGAGAGUGAUUCCGCGUUGCAAAGUCCUGGAGAUACUCAAGUCGAGAAGGCUCGUGAGUAAGGAUCUGCGGUUGAUCACCACAAUGUCCCCUUCUAACAGGAAAUUCUAUGACAAGUAUAUUCUGCCAUUUACGAAUGAUGCUGAGGAUCUAUUGUUGGCUUAUAAUGGCAAAUUUCUGGAUACCUCCUGAAUAGGAGAGGCGACUAUCUCGUUGGGAUGACCCUGAGACUCUUUGAGGAGUCGAUUGUCAAGAAAUGGAUUGAUUUGUCUCCGACAACAGAUGGCUGCAUAUGCAUAAACAAUGAACACAGCUGCAAGAAAUCAACAGCAUCGUCAUCUCCUUGGCGUCUGGUUCCAUGUUUCGUGUAUUGUGUUGCGUGCACCUCUAAGGAACAACUGCUCGACCAAAUUGGAGCGCCUGGGAUUCGGACGAGGCUCUAUGGCGUUCUGGGGAGCACAUAGUACUAAUUUGCGCUGGUGGAAUUUGGUGUUCAUAUCCUCAUGACUAGAAAACAACCUCUCUUUUUUUUGGUUUUACGACGAGGAAAACUUGCAACUGCUAUUUAGUUGAGAUGUGUAUUUCUCUUUAGAGUUCUCUCUCAUUUAGACAUGUCUACUUAUAUGAUUCUCUAUUUAUUUA